AUGUCAGGUAGAAAGCAAAAUCAAAAUACAAAUGAACCAGAACCAUGGUCAAAUAGAGAUAUCAUUAAUUCAUUUGGAAGUUUCAAUAACUUUAUGCAUUCCUAUGGCAUCAAGGAUUAUGGCGAGGCAAAAGACUUACAGAGAGAACUUCAAAAGCAAACAAGAGGAUCACAAUAA